CCUUUCUUUCUUUCCUUUCUUUCUUUCCUUUCUUUCUUUCACACAGGUAACACCUAUAACAAAUUGACAAUUGCAACCAAGUUAAAUCGAACCUGGAAAGGAGGUAGCUGAAAUGUGUCUCAAAGAAUUAUUUUCAACAAAUAGCGUUUAAGCAUUGGCCGAGGUGGGAAUAAGACCAAGAGAACCGUCUAGGCAGUGACUCAAUGUGUUGAAGCCAGGAGUGGCAGCUGAUACCCUACAUUUUCAAAGCCCUACCAUCUAUGACCAUUAAUCUUUCCCUUCCUUGACACCCCAAUUCACCAUCGAAACUGAUUUCCCAAAGACUGUAUUUCCUUAAAAGGUUAUUGGCACAGAAUCUGGGGGGGCAAUGCAAAUCCUUUGGGUAGGUAGUUAACAUUGUGACUUGGAAAAGGUUCCCUAAAUAGGGCUUAGAGAACUGUCCACCUCAUCUUUUCUUUUUUGCUGCUAACAAUCUAAUACUUCAAAUGCAGAACCUUCAGUGUUUUAGGGCCUUUGAGCUGCUGAUACACAAUAGUGCAUCAGAGCUGCCUCUCAGUGCUCCGGUCACCUAAACAGAAGAUGACUGAAGGAAUGAAACAAUGAGUUAAUUCCCAGGAGGAAAAUGAAACUGGGAAUAAAUGCAUUGCUCAAAUUGAGCUGACACUCCUCCACUAAGGUUUGAAAAGACCCUAUUAAUGAUACCUUCCACGUGGGUAUGAGGUUGGCCACCAAUCAAGUAGCCUCUUUUGCCUAAUAUCCUUGGCAAAUAUAUGUUUGUUAGCAACGGGUCUGAAUGAAAGAGACUGAGUGGGUCUUAAUUCAGAAGAGCUGAAUUCACUCUGUGAGUCUGAAGAUACAAGUCAGCCUCCAGGAAUCUUUGCUUAGCUGGAUAGUGUGGGAAUAGAUGAUGAUGGGAGUGAAGAUAGAAAGAGGAUAAGGACUGAUUUGAGGGAAGCUGGUAAGGUUCUUUUGUGGCUCCUGAAAUCACAUCAUUAGUAAUGUCAUCUUUGGGUCUUCAAAGUUUUUUGUAUUACCUAUGGGUAUAAUUAAGCAACUGGGAGGGUUGAUACUGUUACCUUUCUUAGCUUGUACCUUCUAAGUUAACAUCACACAGGCUGAUAGCUAGAGCAAGAGAGAGGCCUGGAGAGUUGGCAAGAGUGCGAAGAUACUGGAGAGGGGUUCAGAAUAGGAUUGAUUCUUCUAAUAUUAUUCUUAUUUCUUGCUAAUAAUUGGUCCUUGUAAUUACAGUGAAGUAAUGGUCUGGAUAUAAAUGAGAUAUGGUUUUGUAAGGAAAAAGCAUAGAGGAUUAUUCUAAUCAACUGUUGCAGUCUUGCCAAUAUGGAACCCAAUUUCAGAGUUUGUGAAAUGGUAUAAGUCUCAUAAACUAUCUCAGCACUGCAUCCGUAUUUGUGGGCACCUGUGCCAAAAGCACCUUGAUGUGUCCACUGCGCUCGGCGAUAUGUUUCUUAAUGUAAUUGGCCAGAGAUGGCCAAUAGAUGUCUUCUCAAGCGUUUUUGAUCACCAGUUAAGUGCUACUGGGAGUGAUAUAAUAUGGUGGUUCCUAAAGUUAUUUUUGGUCCCAUUUUUUUUCUUGAAAAAAGACUAUGAUAAAUUAACAACACCUGCCUUGGAUGCAGGAGUUAGGUGAGGCUGCACACGUGCGUGGUAUUUUCUAUCCCUACGCUAGGUUUUGUUUCUGUUGGCUGUCUUCACUAGACUUGAGAUGACUUGAUUUACAGUAAUCCCUAUGUGAUAUAACUAGUCUAGACCUUCCCUUCACCUCAAUUCCCAGCUCCAGGUUUCAGAAAGCAUGUCACACUCAACCUUUCUCUCCAGUUCAUCCUGUAUUAAUUUCUUCCCAUAUUAAUUCAAAGGGAGUGGACAAGUACCUGGCUGAAAAGAAACAAAGAGAUCCCCAAAGUAGUGGGGGCUUCCACAUACAGUUGGCUAAUUUUCACUUAAUUUUUGGAGGCUAGACAUGGGAGAGAGAAAAGCAUUGCCCAGUCACAGGUAUGGAAGGGAGUACUGGUAGCUGGAAAAACCAUAUAGGAAACACGAUGACCAUGUUGAGUUGUUGGUGCUGAGGCUGUGAACUCUUUGGCUUCUGAUGGCCCUCUCGAGAACAAUGUAUACUAUUCUUAUAAAAGAUUCUUUCUCCCAGAAUUAUAUCUCCUCAGAGCAACAGCGAAGUUCUCAGGACCAAAGCCUACUCUAGCCUGAAGGGCUAGGAAGAUUAGGAUAAGGAUAAUAAUCCAAGAGUCUCGACAAUUCCAAUAGUCUCUGGAUGGCUCCAACAUCAUAGAAAUUUAACACUGUUCCACUUGUUUACAAAAUCUAACACUGGCUUAGACAUUCUGGACUUUCAGUGAGGGUUCCAGCAUCUGAUGUCCCUCAACUCCUUUCCAGGGUGAGAGGCCCACUUACAGGAAACUUAACUUCUCACCAUGUGGACCCAUAAGGGUUUUUCUCUUGCAGAAGGGCUAAAAAGUGA